AUGCAGCGCAAAAGACAGCCAUCGCCAGCAGGCGCAGGCACUCCGCCCAUAUCGAAGCGCCCACGUCACACCGAAGCGCGGCCUUGCAGUCGCCCAACCCACAGCCCCGAUUCCGAAAUCGCCUUUGCGGCCGACGACUUUCUCUCCUCGCUCUCUGACGAGCUUCUUAUCCGUAUAUUAUCCUUCCUGCCGACCUCGAUUCUCCUGGGCAUUGCUCCCGUGUCGCGACGUUUCUACCGUCUGUCCUCCGACUCGCAACUAUGGCGGUUAUUAUACUAUCACCGUUUCGUUCUUCCGCGGGCUCUACGAAUACCUGGUUUCCGGGAUGGUUCUGCCAAAGAAGGCACAAGAGUCCACUUCUCAUCUAGGCGAACGGUUUGGGCGGACGGCGGAUGGGGUCGACGAGACGGUUCAGGGCAGUCGCUCGACUGGAAACGUCAGUAUAAGCUACGGCACAACUGGGCCCGGGGAAAAGCCACGGUCGAGGAGCUCAAGGUUGGAGACACUGGUUUUAACGAUUUGUCAAGGACAAGAAAGACUCUGGCCAAAGUCAUCGAAGGCAUUGCAGUCACUGCAGACGGGACAUCAGGACUGCGAGCCUGGAAUCUGAAGACCAGGGAACCGAUAGCCCAGAUUGGGCUCAAAGACGGCACCGACGAUUCAAUACCGACAUGUAUAGCGAUAGACGACCAAGCGUUCGGUGCGAAAAACUUAGACGUCUCUGUUGGGUUUCUGGACGGCAGCUUCGGCGUGUGGAGGCUUCAUCUCGACAACGGCAGGUUUCUGAGGAGAUACAAACACGAAACAUCCAGCAACGGCUCGCUGAUCGAGAUCGCCUAUCGCCAUCCCUUCAUCCUCACGGCCACAGAAUCGGUCCUGAUUUCCUUGUACAACUUCGAGCAGACCAUGCCCUCCAAAUCGGGAACGAGUGCCCAGCAAAACAAACAGGCAAUCGUGCAGGAUGAAAGCGAGACAGUGUCGGGGUCAGAGAGCGCCACCCUCCGAGAAUCAGAAAGCGAGAUGCAGCCAGGCCUUCUCAAGCAAGCCCGACCGUCGAGAGUAGACAAUUCCCACAGCGGUGUGCGAGACACGGUUUCUCUUCGAGCCCCGAUCUUGCUUACAUCUCUCAAGUCACACUCCUCUCGGGCUCCGUUGGCAUUGUCCAUUCGGCAAAUGGCGUCGUACGUGAUUGCUUCAAUAGCCUACACGUUUCCUACUCGUGAAGGGUGGUCCAUCGGUAUCCAAGACCUUCAAGUACGACGUCGAGGCGAUGGUGGAUUGUCCACCGCCGAGAUUGAAUCAACUCGGCUUGCUUUCACCAGCUCAGUAAAGGCCCCAUCUUCACUUCCACCAAGCUCCCGAGAGAACUUCGAAAACGGAAGGCCUUCACCACCGCUCGCGUCUGACGGACCGACAACUCUAUGUUACAACCAUCCCUAUCUAUUGGCAGCAAUGGCGGACAACACCCUGAUUCUACAUGUGUGCACGUCCAACGCUACUCAACUCUCGGUCUCUUCGGGCAUCCGUCUCUGGGGCCACACAUCAGGCAUCAGCGAUGCGGAGAUAACGGCGCGGGGGAAGGCUGUCAGUGUCAGCUCACGAGGAGAGGAGAUUCGAGUGUGGGAGCUCGAGGGACGCGUCAGUGGCAAGAGUAUUGAAAUUCGACAAAAUUCCAUCACAGACGUCGCCUCCCAAGAGGGUGUCAGAUUCGUGUCUGAGCCAGCGCCGGGAUGGGAUGAUCGACGGAACUGGGUGGGUUUCGACGACGAGAUGGUCAUCGUAUUGAAAGAAUCCAAGGAUGGCAAAGAAAGCCUUGUGGUGUACGACUUUUCCUGA